UGGCCAUGAAGAUUAAUGCAGAGUUGGUCUGUGUUAUUCAGUCCGCAUGCAAGAAAUGGUUGGUCCCUUGGGACUUGUUUUGGUCAUGAUUAGUGCCACAUUGCCUUUACAGUUGAAAUGCCCUGUGUGCUAUGACACAUAUGGAAACUGCAUCAUCUCUCUGGAAGGCAGAAGCAACUGAUGACAUUUGCUGUCUUCUGCUGUCUUGGAGCAAGCAGUAGCUGUAAAUUCUUCCAGUGCAGCUUUGUGCAGCUGGCACUUUCUUUCCCCCAUCCCUUUAAGCAAGAACACUGGCAAGCUGCCUGCCCUCCCCCGAGAGCCUCAUCCUCCAGGUUUGUUUGCACACUGCUUGCCAAACGCCUAAAAAAAGGAACCAAUCAGAGUGAGUUUGCUUAAUGCAUUAAUGAAUCUGCUUAGGUGUCAUCAAGUCUAAUUUCUUACUGAGCUGUGACAGUUUAAUGCCUUGGGGCUGAGUUGCUGAGGAGAAGGGUGAUGGAUGGCCAGAGGAGCGCUGAAACCUGAGGACUUGACCAUGCCAUGUUCCCCAGCCCAGAGUUAAACUUCCCUGGGUACUAACGGAAGCAUGUAAACAAAAACACAGACGAAGCACAGGAGAGUGAGGAAGCCGCUGUUACGUCGCUGCCUGUUUGAGACAGGCUGUUACCUGCCUGUGAGUCUGGGUACCCUCCAGCUUGUGGUAUGCACUUUGCCAAGUUAUUAUCAGGGACUGAUGGAAGCUGAAAGUGUCUUUCAGGACCUCUUCAAAGCUGAUGGCAGGUUUUGAGGUUGUGUGCUCUCUGCUUGUAAUCUUUGUGAGCCCUUCCAAUCAGAAAUGCAGUCCUGAAGCCUCACACCCACACCCCAAAUUGUGUCGUCAGAUCUUCGGCUUGGAAGAUGAAUGCUGACCCCGUCCCGGUUGUUACCCUGCCACAGAGAGUUGUUGCUAGAUGAAGAGAAGCUGUGUUUUGCUGGUCUCAAUGCAGUUUACUUACUCAGAAGUCCCAAGUGAGGUCUGGAGUGCUUUCGCCUUCCCCAGUGUCCCAGUGUAUUUUAACAGUACUUGAGUCACCUCCUGAAGAGCUGUGAAGUGCCACUUGAGGCAAUGCAAACUGCUCUGGGCUCAUCAGAGGGAAGUUGAAAUGCCAGUGAAUGAAUCAUCAGCAGAGCAAGCCCUGCCUCUGCAUUCUUCCACUUGUCAUGCUGUUCCUUGGCUUCGCUCACUUUCAGACGUCGGAAGUGAUGGCAGUUGGGAAACGUGGUGUUUUCUCUCAGCUAAAUACCACACCUCAAUUGCUGUCUACUGUAGGAGCGUUCCCCAAUUCAAACCCAGACACAAGGCUCUGCGAGGCGGAAGCAUUGAUUCAAACUUGCAGUUUCGUGGCAGCAGUUGGACCACUGAAGAAGGAGCUUCUUUUCAGUCCAUAUUAACAAUCGAGAUGAAGAAGCAGCAGAGGUUCUUGAAUGAGGAUGGGGAUGGCGAUGGGAGGAAACCAAAUGCCAUCCCUCCCCUGGAUGACUGGGCCAGUGAGGCUGAUGUGCAAGACUUCAGCACUGGGCAAGGAGGUGACCACCCCCACCUUUCUCACCAAGCCUUGACCCAGGACCCCCAAGAGAGGGAGGCAAGCAGCGCUGACUCGGGUACCAUCCAGAUCAAAGACAAGCUGAAGACGAAGAGGAUGUCUGAAGGCCUGUCAGCCUCAUACAGAGGCCUGACUGACUGCGAUGACCCCACGGGGGUUACCCUGAAGCCAGUAGAUUCUGGAUCAGCUUCCCAGAAGCUCCGGGUAACCUCCAAGACCAUGUCUGCCACCCAGAACAGACCUGUUUCCUCAGAGACCAGCAUGUUAAGUGAUGGAGAGCAGGCGCAUGGGGAAAAUGACACAGACUAUGAUGCCAGUGAUGAGGAUAACAUGGAGCUGAUGUCAGAGAGCAAAGGAUAUAAAAUAAGGAAACCAAGCCAAGCAUGUGUAGUGGAUCUUCAGUUUAUUUCCAGUAGGCAGAGCUCUGAGAUCUUUUUCUGCAGUGUGAGCCCAGGGAAGCAGCUGAGCCAAGGAAGUGCUCAGCUGAGCUGCAGGGUGGGAGCUCUGCUGAACUUCAAAAAAUCACUGCUCUACUAUUUCCAGGCUACCCAGCUGCACUCGUAUUGCAGUGGUGACAAUGGGAACAAGUCACGGAGAGUGGUUUUGCUUCCCCCGAUCCUCGAGUCAGCAAGAUCUUCUGAUGGGGCUCCUGGCAGUGCUGCAGACUCUCAGAAUGUGGAUUUCCAAGAGGCCCCAGAGAUGAGGUCAAGAUCAGGCAGCAGAAGUGAAGACAAGACUUUUGAAUCUCGAGAGGUCCAGACUUUGGAACCCAUUUUGCCUGCUCUCCAGCAUCGCGUUGCUCGUGACGUGAAGUCUGCCAGACGUUUGCGUGAACCUGUGGCCCCAUUGCCAAACCUCCCACCCAGACAGGCCAAGGAGACAAGCCACCGUGUGAGGGCUCGCCUUCUGAGUGUCGAUGACUUCAAGAUCAGCAAUGAAAAGAUCCGCGUUGUCUUGUACGAGUCAGCUUGGAUGAAAAUAGACCAACAGCAAAUGAGAGAGAGGAAGAUUGUGCUUAGGGAGAGGGAGGAAGAGACAGAAAAGUCCUUGCGGCUCCCUGCACUGAACAUUGACCCCGGGGAUGCAGCCAACAAAGUGAACUCACUGCCGCCCAUUGCUCUGGACUCCUCCAAGGCGGGAGAUGAGCCAGAGUGCAGGGACGCCCAGGAAGCCAAACCCGACCCUAACCCACAGCAGGCGCUGCUCAACGCGCUCACAUGGCUCAGCAGCGAUGACUGGGAGGAGAAAGUGAAGGGACUCAUCAGCAUCAGACGCCUGGCUAUCUCCCACUCAGAAGUCAUUCUUUCUACACUUCAUGAUGUUUCCUUGGUAGUUAUCAAAGAGGUGAACAAUCUCCGCUCAAAGGUGUGUUGCUGUGCAAUCAACACUCUUGGAGUGCUCUUCGGGACCAUGAAGAAGGACACGGACCACGAAGUGGAUGAGAUUGCUCGGGUCUUGCUGCGGAAGAUGGGGGACUCCAGCGACUUCAUUCAGAGAGCAGCCAAUCAGUCCCUGGGGCUCAUGGUGGGGAGUGUGACUCCUGCACGAGCAAUGACUGCUCUCAUGGCCAGUGGAGUCCAACACCGCAAUGUCCUGGUGCGCAAGACUGCGGCCGAACACCUCCUGACUGCGAUGGAGCGAAUUGGAGCCAAGAAGCUCCUUUCAGGCAUACCUACCAGUACUGAGGUGCUGGUGUGCAUGCUGGUGAAUCUUGCUCUGGACUGUCAUCAGGACACAAGGUGAUGAUCUUCAUUUCACCUCCUAAAAUGUGAAAACUGUUUGAUGUCUGGCUAUAAAUGAUAAAACCACAAAAGAGUGGUGGAUGACGUCUGGGGAGAUGACUGUACUGGGUAAGAUAAGAUUGUCCAGCAAGAGGGACCAUUGACAAAUUCCUGUGACUUGAAUGAUUCUUUAUUCAUAUAGGGCGACAUAUAGGGCCCUCUGUUCCCCUCAGAAGGGAGUCACCAACUACUACCACUCUUCUUUUUCUUUUUCUUCUUACAGCUGCAGUUGUAACCCUUUUUGUAGAUGAGGUCCAUCCAGGGGGCUCUCCGGGUGGAUCUUCUUGGCUGUCCUCUGCCUGAUUUUCAGGGUCCAGGGCCUCAUAUCUAUUUGUUAAGGGCACCAAGGGUGGUGAUGGGGUUCAAGAGAGGGUUCUUUUACCUCUCCGAUCAGGGACCUAUUUCCAUAUCCCCCCAUCAAUUAGAUCUGCUCUAUCUGCCUUAUGGCAGGAGGGACAAGGCUUUGCCAUCUCCUGUUGCACACCCUUAGGAGUCAAAAGAGUUUGACCCCACCAGUCAAUUUCUUCUUCACUCUCCCUAAUGCUCCUUAGUCUCUCCACCUCUUCCUUAAGCUCUGCCACUAGGCACAGUAAGUCAUUGACCUGGUCACAUCGUACACAGGUGCCUCCCAUACCAUUCUCUGGUACUAAUGCCAGGCACAGACACUCUGCACAGCCAGAAGCCUGGGUGGCUGCAUCCUUCUUGGCAGGUAGUGUCUGUGUAGACACACUCUUUGUAUUAAUGGCAGCAAGAGCUUUCCUUUUUCUAGAAACCAUUACUACCCUUAGUUACAUUGGGGACAAGAAAACAAAAUGAAACCCCGGGAGUACUUCUUUCUUUUUACCUGAUCUGCAGCUUCUUUUCAGUCCUUAUUAACAAUCGAGAUGAAGAAGCAGCAGAGGUUCUUGAAUGAGGAUGGGGAUGGCGAUGGCAAUGGCGAUGGGAGGAAACCAAAUGCCCUCCCUCCCCUGGAUGACUGGGCCAGUGAGGCUGAUGUGCAAGACUUCAGCACUGGGCAAGGAGGUGACCACCCCCACCUUUCUCACCAAGCCUUGACCCAGGACCCCCAAGAGAGGGAGGCAAGCAGCGCUGACUCGGGUACCAUCCAGAUCAAAGACAAGCUGAAGACGAAGAGGAUGUCUGAGGGCCUGUCAGCCUCAUACAGAGGCCUGACUGACUGCGAUGACCCCACGGGGGUUACCCUGAAGCCAGUAGAUUCUGGAUCAGCUUCCCAGAAGCUCCGGGUAACCUCCAAGACCAUGUCUGCCACCCAGAACAGACCUGUUUCCUCAGAGACCAGCAUGUUAAGUGAUGGAGAGCAGGCGCAUGGGGAAAAUGACACAGACUAUGAUGCCAGUGAUGAGGAUAACAUGGAGCUGAUGUCAGAGAGCAAAGGAUAUAAAAUAAGGAAACCAAGCCAAGCAUGUGUAGUGGAUCUUCAGUUUAUUUCCAGUAGGCAGAGCUCUGAGAUCUUUUUCUGCAGUGUGAGCCCAGGGAAGCAGCUGAGCCAAGGAAGUGCUCAGCUGGACAUUGUGCUUCAGGCUGUUUCUGCAACAUGCAUCCUGCAGACUUGACGUCCUCAGUCUGUAUCAAUAGGAGAAUAGUUUCUGUGCUCUCUAGUGGCUCCUGCUGUGUUUUCUGACUGAGAACACACCAACGAGUCAGAGCAACUAAAUGUGUCUCACCCGGUCGAGCAUGUCCUUCUACAGUUAGUAAAAUCCAUGUUUCUGUGUA